UUGCAGGGCUGGGAUAAUUCGGACGCGAAAGUGCUUGUUUCAGCAGCAGGGCUGGACGAAUGGGGGGGCCCCAGCCUCUGAACACAGCCUUCUCCCAGCACAGGCCCUCCAACACGGAGAUUUACUCUCCCGCUACGCCACAUCCCGGCCCUAUCUUCCGUCCUCAUAACGGGCCCCGGAGCUGGGACCAUGCCGCGGAGGUGCUGAUUUCCGUAGUUUUCCGGGUGGGAUUCCCGGAAGCGCGCGGGGAAAGUUUGCGGAUCUGAGGCAGAGUGUGUGCGAUCAGGGCGGAUGAGCCGCGUGUGUAUUGUGGUCCUAGAGGAGGUGGAAGACGAGCCCUCCUUUCCUUCCAGGGUUUCUCCGGAUCGCUCUUCCCAGCGUGCCUCUGACGCAGACGCUCGCGGUGUAAAGCCAGCACUGCUGAAAGCGAUAUUUAAUGUGGACCCAGAUGAAGUCCGCUCCCUCAUAUUCAAGAAAGAAGACGUAAAUGUGCAGGAUAAUGAGAAGAGAACUCCACUGCAUGCUGCUGCCUACCUUGGAGACGCAGAGAUCAUUGAACUGCUGAUCCUAUCAGGAGCGAGAGUAAAUGCCAAAGAUAACAAGUGGCUGACCCCUCUACACCGAGCAGUGGCGUCCUGCAGCGAGGAUGCAGUGCAGGUGUUGCUGAAGCACUCGGCAGAUGUUAACGCGCGGGAUAAGAACUGGCAGACUCCGCUGCACAUCGCGGCCGCCAACAAGGCGGUGCGCUGCGCCGAGGCCCUGGUCCCGCUCCUGAGCAACGUCAACGUGUCGGACCGAGCCGGACGCACCGCGCUUCACCACGCUGCCUUCAGCGGCCACCUGGAGAUGGUGAAGUUGCUCCUGUCCAGAGGCGCCAACAUUAAUGCCUUCGAUAAGAAGGACCGGCGGGCAAUCCAUUGGGCUGCGUAUAUGGGGCACAUUGAGGUGGUGAAGCUUCUGAUAUCCCACGGCGCUGAGGCCACCUGCAAAGACAAGAAGGCCUACACCCCCCUGCACGCAGCCGCCUCCAGUGGCAUGAUCAGCGUUGUGAAGUGCCUUCUGGACCUGGGAGUGGAUAUAAACGAGCCCAACGCGUAUGGAAACACCCCUCUGCACGUGGCCUGCUACAACGGGCAGGACGUGGUGGUGAACGAGCUCAUCGAGUGCGGCGCCAACGUCAACCAGGUUAACGAGAAGGGCUUCGCCCCGCUCCACUUUACGGCCGCCUCCCGCCACGGCGCGCUCUGCCUGGAGCUGCUCGUGGGCAACGGAGCCGACGUCAACAUAAAGAGUAAAGACGGGAAGACCCCCCUGCACAUGACCGCCAUCCACGGAAGGUUCUCCAGAUCUCAGGCCGUCAUUCAGAGUGGUGCUGAGAUAGACUGUGAAGAUAAGAACGGUAACACCCCCCUGCACAUAGCGGCUCGCUACGGACACGAGCUCCUCAUCAACACGCUGGUCACCAACGGAGCGGACACCGCCAGGCGGGGUAUUCACGGGAUGUUCCCGUUGCACUUGGCCGCUCUCAGCGGGUUUUCCGACUGCUGCCGGAAGCUCCUAUCCUCUGGCUUCGACAUCGAUACCCCUGAUGAUUUUGGCAGGACGUGUUUACACGCCGCUGCGGCCGGAGGGAAUUUGGAGUGCUUAAAUCUCUUGCUCAACACUGGGGCAGAUUUCAACAGAAAGGAUAAGUUUGGCAGGACACCUCUGCAUUAUGCUGCUGCCAACUGUAACUACCAGUGCCUGUUUGCCCUGGUGGGGUCUGGGGCCAGCGUCAAUGACCUGGAUGAGAGGGGCUGCACCCCGCUACACUACGCAGCCGCCUCCGACACAGACGGAAAGUGCCUGGAGUAUUUACUGCGGAAUGACGCAAACCCAGGGAUCCGGGACAAGCAGGGCUACAACGCGGUGCACUACGCCUCAGCCUACGGCCACCGCCUGUGUCUGGAGCUGAUUGCUAGUGAAACGCCUCUUGAUGUGCUUAUGGAGACGUCUGGGACCGAUAUCCUGAACGACUCUGAUGUCCGCGCCCCCAUCAGCCCCCUGCACUUAGCUGCGUACCAUGGGCACCAUCAGGCCAUGGAGGUGCUGGUCCAGUCCCUGCUGGACCUGGACGUAAGGAACAGCCAGGGCCGCACCCCCCUGGACCUGGCUGCCUUCAAGGGCCACGUGGAGUGUGUGGAUGUGCUGAUCAACCAGGGGGCCUCCAUCCUGGUGAAGGACUAUACGCUGAAGAGGACCCCCAUCCAUGCUGCAGCCACAAAUGGCCAUUCUGAGUGUUUGCGUUUGCUGAUUGGUAAUGCGGAUCUGCAGACUGCUGUGGACAUUCAGGACGGCAAUGGACAGACUCCCCUGAUGUUGUCUGUGCUCAGUGGACACACAGACUGCGUUUACUCCCUGCUCAACAAGGGAGCCAAUGUGGACGCCAAAGACAAGUGGGGCAGGACCGCUUUACACCGAGGGGCGGUGACGGGCCAUGAGGAGUGCAUGGAGGCUCUGCUGCAGCACAGUGCCAACUUCCUGGUGCGGGACUGUAGGGGGCGCACCCCUGUGCACCUGGCGGCUGCGUGCGGACACAUCGGGGUCCUGGGGGGUCUACUGCAGGCCGCGCAGUCCAUAGAGGCCCUGCCCAUCAUCACAGACAACCGAGGCUACACCCCCCUGCACUGGGCCUGCUACAACGGUCAUGACACGUGUGUUGAAGUGCUGCUUGAGCAGGAGGUUUUCCGAAAGGUGGAGGGCAACACCUUCAGCCCCCUUCACUGUGCUGUAAUUAAUGAUAAUGAAGGGGCGGCGGAGAUGCUGAUCGACACCCUGGGUCCAGGAAUCGUGAACGCUAUGGAUUCCAAAAACAGGACCCCCCUGCACGCGGCGGCCUUCACGGACCACGUGGAGUGCCUGCAGCUGCUGCUCGGCCAGAACGCCCAGGUCAACAGCGUGGACAGUUCCGGAAAAACUCCCCUCAUGAUGGCCGCCGAGAACGGCCAGACCAACGCCGUCGAGGUGCUUGUGAGCAGUGCGAAAGCGGACCUCACGAUGCAGGAUGCCAACAAGAACACUGCUCUGCAUCUGGCUUGCAACAAGGGACAUGAGACGAGUGCCUUGUUAAUACUGGAGAAGAUAACCGACCGGAACCUCAUCAACUCCACAAAUGCAGCUUUACAGACUCCCCUCCAUGUGGCGGCACGGAACGGUCUGACAGUGGUGGUACAAGAGCUUCUGGGAAAAGGCGCCAGCGUUCUCGCUGUGGAUGAAAACGGGUACACCCCUGCCCUGGCAUGCGCCCCGAACAAAGACGUGGCUGACUGCCUGGCCCUCAUCCUGGCCACCAUGAUGCGCGUGUCUCCCGGCUCCAGCAUUCCCAACCUGAGCUUCAGUGCCAUUAACCACUACUCCAACCCCUCCAAGACCGUGACCUUCGACACCCUGCCCAUCCUGAGGAGCGAGCACAGCUCCUACUGCAGCUUCAACAACAUCGGCCGAGGGGACGGCUUCUACGCCCCGGACGAUGAGCUCAAUGACUCCGACUCCGAGACCUACUGAGGGAGAA